GCUGAAACGUUCCACUAUGGACCCCUCGUUCGUUUCUUCAGUCACCUCCUCUGGUAAAGCCGCCUUGGUCAAAGUCAAGUUGGAGCAUGACAAGCACGUGUCUUCAGAAGAUGACAGCUCAUCCUCGGGGAAAGCCUUGGUUGCAGUUAAGUUAGAGAAGGAAGAAGAAGAAUCUGGUCUUCUCGUGACUACCACCACGAGGAGAACCCCGAAACGAAAAAGACUCGCCGAUUUAGUUGAGAGAUUCGAGAAACAGAGAACUAGCCAGCGAGGUUUGACCACUCGAUGGAAUACCGAAAGGAUUGAUUUUUCGGAGCAAGUGAUUGUGGAUGUGUUGAAGGAGAAAGGCGCUUCUUUUGAUGCCCCUGUUUCACGCGCCGAGUUAAGAGCCUCCGCUCGAGGGAAGAUUGGUGAUACUGGCCUCUUGGACCAUUUGCUGAAGCACAUUGAUGGGAAUGUGACUCCCGGAGGUGCUGAUCGGUUUAGGAGGUGUCACGAUACCCAAGGGACGAUGCAGUAUUGGUUAGAGAGUGCUGAUUUGCUCAAAAUCAAACGUGAGUCUGGUGUUCCUGAUCCUAAUUGGGUCCCCCCUCCUUGGUGGAAGCUUCAGGGUGCCAACGGCGUGAUUAAAAUUGAGUCUGGGGUCGAUGAUGAUGAACCGUCUGCGUCUACUUCAGAGCUUAAGGAGGAGAUGGAUAGGAUGAAGAGUGAGAUCAAAGAGCUUGUGUCUGAAUUGGCUCUGAUUAAACGUGAAUGUGGGAUUCCCGAUCCGGAUUUGAUUCCCUUAGCUCAGUGGAAGAUCCAGAGUUCAUCACAUUCGCAUGAUUCUUCUGCUGUCUCCUCAAAGCUUAGGGAAGAACUUGAUCAAAUCAAGAGUGAUAUCAAAAAACUUGUAUCCAAGCCAAAGUUACCAGAUCAUGCUGAAGCAAAUGAGAAACUAUUUAAGGAGAUUAUGAGUUGGAAGGUAAAGACUGAUAAGCAAAUUGCUGAGAUCUCAAAGUCGUUGACAUCGACACAGGGCAUGGUUAAGGAACUAGUUUCGUGGAAAGAUAAAGUAGAACAGAAGCUGGUGGGAAUUUCGAACAAUGUGCAGGCAAACGGGACCAAUUCCUUCAAUCCAGCUCCUCAAAGCUGGGAGCAUAUACUGCAUAAUGCGAACUUGGAUGACUUUACAGUGAAUGGUUUCGAACCAUGGGAUGUUGAUGCUGACCUUAUCAAUGUUCUGCCAGAGGCUGUCAGGCCUGAUAAAUACUCGCUUCCACCAAAUGCUCGCAAAAGCUCUUUCCAAGACCAUAUGUGGUUUGAGGAACAGUCAGUUCUCAAUUCCGAGAUGCAAAGGACAGAGAGCUGCAUGACCAGAGGUGAUUCCAGAAGCUCCAAUCAGGACAAAGCUGAGAUGCCUCCAGGUCCAAGAGCAGAUAUUGACGACACAAAUAUUGUUUCUCAGGAAACAUUGAAAGAGUUGGUGAAUUGGAAAGCCAAAGCGGAGCAGCAGCUAAUGGAAAUGUCAGACGCUGUCCGUGCUCUACAGGGGUAGAGUCAGAAACACACACUAGGCAGAUGAAUGGUGGAUUUACUUACAUAAAUUCCCUUGGAGACUUGUACAGGGUUUCUGCUUUAAAAACAACAAAAGGAAAACAAAGAGAGUAGAGAUCAAAGUAGGCAUCUGGAAAGUUUAUUUAGGAAGAGGUAGAAGUGAGAUCCUCUACAUGAAAAGUGAUAUUUGAAGGUAGAGAGGCUUUUAAAGUUUGCUGUAUAUUCUCUCUGACUAACGACUCUUUAUUCAACAACCAAGUUUUUGAGUAAUCCUUUUUUCCUUUCUGAUUA